AUGUCGCCUCUUUCGUCCUUUCAGCUAGCAUGCAUGCACCUGCGUCUGGCAUACAUUCCAAUGGACAGCAAUCUGUCAGCCGAACGACUGCAGGCUAUUUGGAAGUCUCUGGCUCCAGUCGCCUUCAUCAGCGACGACGAAACGGUCGAAUUUGAUCCAGGCCACGGCCUUACCUUCGCCUUCUCUCACCUCCUCAACUUGACGACCGACAGCGCCUGUUGCCGCAUCUCAACAGAGCCGCUAUUCGCACACAUCGAGAACCCCGUGAUCCUGCUUCUCUUCACAUCAGGCAGCACCUCACCGACUCCCAAGGCCGUCCCCCUCAGAAACCGCCAGUUGGCCAACCGCCUCUGCUGGCAGUGGAGCCCCACGUCUCCCUUCGCAGCAAUCACUGGACCAAGUCUAGCGAAGACCUCGUGGCUCUUCGUGGAUGCAUUCACUGAAAUGUUUGGUGCCCUACUCGGUGGGCGGUCAAUCGUUGUGUCUGGCAGUUCGGUCAUAUCAAGUGAACACCUGGUUUCCAAUGUGCACCUGCUGGCCAGUCUGGUUCGUCGAUUACACAUAGCUCAACUCACGAGUGUUCCGUCGCAACUGCAGUCGUGGUUGAGUCAAUUGGUGAAGGGGGAUGGGUCAUUCGCCUCGCUUCAAGCAGUCGUGUCCAGUGGCCAACUCCUGCCUUCUUCCCUGGCCAAUCAAAUAUUUGACGUGUUCACGCACAAACCAUUCCGACUGCUGAAUCUCUACGGAAGCACAGAAGUAGCGGGCGACAUCACGGCAGUGACGUUCGACAGCAAAGAAGCCAUUGAGCGCACUGCCUUCCAACUGCCAACGGGUGGACUCGUAGUGCCUGUUGGCACUCCAAUCGACAAUAACGAGGUGUACGUGGUCAGCGGCGACUAUGGCACAGAGAAUAUGACGAUCGCCAGAGAAGGCGUUGUGGGAGAAGUGGUGGUGUCAGGUGUGGGUGUUCUUACGGAGGAGCCCAUUGUGAAUUCGAGCAAUGCAGAGCAAACGCGCACAAUCCUUCCAAAUCCUUUCGGCACACAUUCACGCUUCUCUCAGAUCUACCGCACUGGCGACAUUGGAUUCAUCUGCCCCAACACUCGCAUGCUCUACAUCACUGGUCGGGUGGAUGACAUGGUGAAGAUCAAUGGAGUGAAGUUUUGUACUGGAAACAUUGACCAACUGUUCAGCCGACUCAAGGACCACGACUAUGUACUUUCGGGGCUGGGCACUACCGUGACCAUUGCUCUGGAGAAAGGAGGGAGCGGUGCGCGUCUGGUCUGCUUCUUCCAGCGCGACGCAGCUGCGGUGCGUGGAUUCACUGCCUUGGAUCUCGACAUGGCCGUGAAGAAGCACUUCUCAUCUUUCAUCUCCGUGACCUUCGUCGAAGUGCCUUCGUUCCCAAUUCAAGCGCAGUCUGGCAAAAUCGAUAAAGUCAAAUUAAGGCGCGAUUUCCAGCAAGGCGUCUUCUCUGACAUGAAGCCUGCCCACACCAAUGGCCAGCAAUCGAAAUGCGAGGCCACCUCGGGAGAACGAUCACUGAUUCGUGGGUUAUUUGCGAAGCAUCUUGGACUGUCGGACGCAGCGAGGAUGAAUGGGGAACCACGUGACGACGACGACUUCUUCCUGAUUGGAGGCGAUUCAAUCACGGCGGCACUGAUUGUAUCCGACUUACGAAAGCUUGGUCUUCAAGUCAACUUAACACAUUUUGUCCAAAGUCGUCGAAUUGGAGAACUCCUAACUUUGCUAUCCAGUGGUCGGGAAUCGACAAGCCAAGUUCCAGUCAGUAUCGAAAGAAGAUCAUUUAUUCAUGAAUAUCAGCCUGGAAAAACGUUUCCUGUCAAAUCGGAUCUUGAGGCUCAGUGCAGAGACAUCAUUGCCAAAGUGAUUGUCGAAUCAUUUACGAAGGCUGAUGAAGUGACAAAGGUGCUGAAUCUAAGUGAAGUCACACUCAGACAGAUUGUCUUAGGCCGUCUUCGUCAACUCGAAGAAUUCCCAGGGCUAGUGUAUUUGGCGGGUUUCACUCAAAAGAAACCCGACAGUCCACUGAAAGACCUCCUUUGUGAUGUCUCAGCCGUGUCAAUUACAUUGGAAUCAGGUGCCCCUAUUAGUCCGGGUGUAGAAGAUCCAAAAUACCUUCUUGUCGAAGAAUUUUUCGAAACCUGCGACCUUGAGGCGGGCAGUCUUGGAGAUAAAGUAAAGCACAUGGACAUAGCAAUGGCUGGCACUCUCCAUGAUGAACUAGUAGGUCAAGAUCGUCUCCACCUCAUUAUCCUAAUGGAGAAAGAGAUUAUUGCCGGAGCAACGAGGUUGGGCUAUGCCGCAAUUCGAUCCGUCAACACAUCAUUAGUUACUCAGCACCCUGCUUAUCUUGGCAUGGGUUAA